CGAGUGGUGUGUGUGCGACACAGUGAGUGGUGUGUGCGAUACAGUGAGUGGUGUGUGCGAUACAGCGAGUGGUGUGUGUGCGACACAGUGAGUGGUGUGUGCGAUACAGUGAGUGGUGUGUGCGACACAGUGAGUGGUGUGUGCGACACAGUGAGUGGUGUGUGCGACACAGUGAGUGGUGUGUGCGACACAGUGAGUGGUGUGUGCGACACAGUGAGUGGUGUGUGCGACACAGUGAGUGGUGUGUGUGCGAUACAGCGAGUGGUGUGUGUGCGACACAGUGAGUGGUGUGUGCGAUACAGUGAGUGGUGUGUGCGAUACAGCGAGUGGUGUGUGCGAUACAGUGAGUGGUGUGUGCGACACAGCGAGUGGUGUGUGUGCGACACA